UGGUGACAGCAGGACUUCUCCCUGGCAGGAGAUGACAGCCAGGAAAGCCACGUGUUCCCUGGUUAAAAAGGCCAAGUAUGAUGGGCCCCAAGAGAAGUUUAACACCUACGUGACCCUGAAGGUGCAAAAUGUCAAGAGCACAACCAUUGCAGUGCGGGGCAACUUGCCCUCCUGGGAGCAGGACUUCAUGUUUGAGAUCAAUCGGCUGGACUUGGGCCUGACUGUGGAGGUGUGGAACAAGGGACUCAUCUGGGACACCAUGGUAGGCACGGUGUGGAUCCCCCUCCGGACCAUCAGGCAGUCCAAUGAGGAGGGCCCUGGGGAAUGGCUCACACUGGACUCCCAGGUCAUCAUGACCGACAAUGAGAUUUCAGGCACCAAGGAUCCGACUUUCCACCGCAUCCUCCUCGACACGCGCUUUGAGCUGCCGCUGGAUAUCCCUGAGGAGGAAGCCAGGUACUGGGCCAAGAAACUGGAGCAGCUCAACGCGAUGCGGGACCAGGAUGAUUAUGCCUUCCAGGAGGAGCAGGAAAAGCCUCUGCCUGUGCAUGGCUCACAGUGCUGCAACUGGAAUUAUUUUGGCUGGGGAGAACAGCAGAACGAUGACCCCGACAGUACCGUGGAUGACCGGGACAGUGACUACCGCAGCGAGACCAGCAACAGCAUCCCCCCACCCUACUACACCACGUCCCAGCCCAACGCCUCCGUGCACCAGUACCCCAUGAGGCACCAGCAGCAGAGCUCCCGCGACUCCUACACUGACUCCAUGCAGAGCUACGAGAUGGACUACUCAGACCAGGCUCCCAUCAGACGCUAUGGUAGCGUAGACUCUGCCGCAAACGGGCGCAGCGACGCUGAGUCCGGUUCUGAGUCGAGCAGGCGGACCAGCCGCCAGCCUUCCCUUGAGAGCAGGCGGUCCCUAGACCUAUCGGAUAGCCCCACAGGGAGCAGCCGCUACGCCUCGUCGGCUGAGCUGAGCCAGGGCAGCUCCCAGCUGAGCGAGGACUUCGAGAACGAGAGCCUGAGGGACUCGGAGCUGGACGAGAGGGACGGGGACUCCUACCACUCCUGCCACAGCUCCGUCAGCUACCGCAAGGACUCACCGCGCUGGGAGGAGGAGGAUGAUGAUGAUCUCUACCUGGAGGAGGAGGAGGAAGAGUUCAUUGAGGACUACAGUGAGACUGAGGAAGGCUACCCCAAGGAAGAGGAGUUGGAAGAGGAGGAGGAGGAGGAGCUGCGGGAGCAGGACAGCUAUGAACCCCCUGAGCAUGAAGCGUACCCACCACCACAGAAACCCCUGCCACAGCAGCAGCAGCAGCAGCAGCAGCAGCAGGUACCGCAGCAGCAGCAACAGCAGCAGCAGCAGCAACCCCAGCUGGUCCCACAGCAGAAGCCUCAGCAGCAGGAGAGGAAGGAGGAGAGGAAAGAGGAAAGGAAAGAGGAAAGGAAGGAAGAGAAGGACACCUCUGCUCCCCAGGAAGCCCCUGAGGCCCUCCAGGCCCAGCGGGCAGAGGAAGAAGUUCCCAUGCAAGAGGCAGCCCUGGAGACUGAGCCCCCAAAACCAGCUGAGAGGGAGCCGGCAGAAGAGGAGGUGCAGGACCCCAAAGCACGAGCCAAAGCCAACUGGCUACGAGCCUUCAACAAGGUCUGCAUGCAGCUGCAGGAGGCCCGUGGGGAAGGUGAUGGAGAAAAAUCCCUGUGGUUCAAAGGCGGGGGGGCGGCUGUAAGGUUUCUGCGCUGCAUUAACAGCAUGCCCGACAUUAAGCCUGGACGCAAAUCUCUCCCUCUAGUCAGCGAUCUGUCCCUGGUCCAGUCCAGGAAAGCGGGAAUCACAUCCGCGCUGGCCUCAAGCACCUUGAACAAUGAGGAGCUGAAAAACCAUGUUUACAAGAAGACCCUGCAAGCCUUAGUGUACCCCAUCUCCUGCACAACGCCCCACAACUUUGAGGUGUGGACGGCCACCACCCCCACCUACUGCUACGAGUGUGAGGGGCUGCUGUGGGGCAUUGCCCGCCAGGGCAUGCGCUGUGCCGAGUGCGGCGUCAAGUGCCACGAGAAGUGCCAGGACCUGCUCAAUGCUGACUGCCUGCAGAGAGCGGCGGAGAAGAGCUCCAAGCAUGGAGCAGAGGACCGGACCCAGAACAUCAUCAUGGUGCUCAAGGACCGCAUGAAGAUCCGGGAGCGCAACAAACCAGAGAUAUUUGAGCUGAUCCAGGAGGUGUUUGGGGUCAACAAGACCACACACACGCAGCAGAUGAAGGCGGUCAAGCAGAGUGUCCUGGAUGGCACCUCCAAAUGGUCAGCCAAGAUCAGCAUCACAGUGGUCUGUGCCCAGGGCCUGCAAGCAAAGGAUAAGACAGGUUCCAGUGACCCCUAUGUCACUGUCCAGGUUGGAAAGACAAAAAAAAGGACUAAAACUAUCUACGGCAAUCUCAACCCAGUCUGGGAGGAGAAUUUCCAUUUCGAGUGCCAUAACUCCUCUGACCGCAUCAAGGUCCGUGUGUGGGAUGAGGAUGAUGACAUCAAGUCCCGCGUCAAGCAGCGCUUCAAGAGGGAAUCCGAUGACUUCCUGGGCCAGACCAUCAUCGAGGUCCGGACCCUGAGCGGGGAGAUGGACGUCUGGUACAACCUUGACAAGCGCACAGACAAGUCUGCAGUGUCAGGAGCCAUCCGGCUGCACAUCAGUGUGGAGAUCAAGGGUGAGGAGAAGGUGGCUCCUUACCACGUUCAGUACACCUGCCUGCAUGAGAACCUGUUCCACUUUGUGACGGAUUUGCAAAACAACGGGGUGGUGAAGAUCCCAGACGCCAAGGGGGAUGAUGCGUGGAAGGUGUACUUUGAUGAGACAGCACAGGAGAUCGUGGAUGAGUUUGCCAUGCGCUAUGGGGUGGAGUCCAUCUACCAGGCCAUGACGCAUUUUGCCUGCCUCUCCUCCAAGUACAUGUGCCCCGGCGUGCCGGCGGUGAUGAGCACCCUGCUGGCCAACAUCAACGCCUACUACGCCCACACCACCGCCUCCAGCAAUGCCAACGCCUCCGACCGCUUUGCUGCCUCCAAUUUCGGGGUAAGUCCCAUGAAAGAUCGCUUUGUCAAGCUCCUGGACCAGCUGCACAACUCCCUGCGCAUCGACCUCUCCAUGUACCGGAACAACUUCCCUGCCAGCAGCCCUGAACGGCUGCAGGACCUGAAGUCCACAGUGGAUUUGCUGACCAGCAUCACCUUCUUUCGGAUGAAGGUCCAGGAGCUGCAGAGUCCCCCACGAGCCAGCCAGGUGGUGAAGGACUGUGUGAAGGCCUGUCUCAACUCCACCUAUGAGUAUAUCUUCAACAACUGCCACGAGCUCUACAGCCGCGAGUACCAGACAGACCCGACUAAGAAAGGCGAGGUGCCCCCCGAGGAGCAGGGCCCCAGCAUCAAAAACCUGGAUUUCUGGUCAAAGCUCAUCACCCUGAUUGUCUCCAUUAUUGAGGAAGACAAGAACUCCUACACGCCCUGCCUGAACCAGUUCCCCCAGGAACUGAACGUGGGGAAGAUCAGCGCUGAGGUGAUGUGGAACCUCUUUGCUCAGGACAUGAAGUAUGCAAUGGAGGAGCACGAGAAGCACCGCCUGUGCAAGAGCGCAGACUACAUGAACCUGCACUUCAAGGUGAAGUGGCUGUACAACGAGUACGUCACCGAGCUGCCCUCCUUCAAGAGCCGCGUGCCCGAGUACCCCGCCUGGUUUGAGCCCUUCGUCAUCCAGUGGCUGGAUGAGAAUGAAGAGGUGUCACGGGAUUUCCUGCACGGAGCACUGGAGCGGGACAAGAAGGAUGGGUUCCAGCAGACCUCGGAGCACGCGCUCUUCUCCUGCUCUGUGGUGGAUGUUUUCUCCCAGCUCAACCAGAGCUUUGAGAUCAUCAAGAAGCUGGAGUGCCCCGAUCCCCAGAUUGUGGGGCACUACAUGCGACGGUUUGCCAAGACCAUCAGCAAUGUGCUGCUCCAGUAUGCUGAGAUCAUCUCCAAGGAUUUUGCCUCGUACUGCUCCAAGGAGAAGGAGAAAGUGCCCUGCAUCCUGAUGAACAACAUCCAGCAGCUCCGUGUCCAGCUUGAGAAGAUGUUUGAAGCCAUGGGUGGAAAGGAUCUGGACACAGAAGCCAGUGAUAUCCUCAAGGAACUGCAGGUGAAACUUAACAAUGUCCUGGAUGAUCUGAGCCGAGUCUUUGCCACCAGUUUCCAGCCACACAUCGAGGAGUGUGUGAAGCAGAUGGGUGACAUCCUGAGCCAGGUGAAGGGCACCGGCAACGUCCCCGCCAGCACCUGCAGCAGCGUCGCGCAGGAUGCUGACAACGUGCUGCAGCCCAUCAUGGACCUGCUGGACAGCAACCUGACGCUCUUUGCCAAGAUCUGCGAGAAGACGGUGCUGAAGCGGGUGCUGAAGGAGCUCUGGAAGCUGGUGAUGAACACCAUGGAGAAGACCAUUGUCCUACCCCCACUCACAGACCAGACGGGCACGCUCUUGAGAAAACAUGGCAAGGGGACAGAGAAGGGCACACAGAUGAUUUUCAAUGCGGCCAAGGAGCUGGGGCAGCUUUCCAAGCUGAAGGACCACAUGGUGCGUGAGGAAGCCAAGAGCCUGACCCCGAAGCAGUGUGCCGUGGUGGAGCUGGCGCUGGACACCAUCAAGCAAUACUUCCACGCCGGCGGCGUGGGGCUGAAGAAAACGUUCCUGGAGAAGAGCCCUGACCUGCAGUCGCUGCGCUACGCCCUGUCCCUCUACACCCAGGCCACAGAUCUGCUCAUCAAAACCUUUGUGCAGACCCAGUCGUCGCAGGGCUCUGGCGUGGAUGACCCCGUUGGGGAGGUGUCCAUCCACGUGGAGCUCCUGACCCACCCCAGCAGUGGCGAGCACAAAGUCACCGUCAAAGUGGUGGCUGCCAAUGACCUCAAGUGGCAGACCUCAGGCAUCUUCCGGCCCUUCAUCGAGGUCAACAUCAUCGGGCCCCACCUCAGUGACAAGAAGAGGAAAUUUGCCACCAAAUCCAAGAACAACAGCUGGGCCCCCAAAUACAACGAGAGCUUCCAGUUCACGCUGGGGAUGGAGACGGGCCCCGAGUGCUACGAGCUGCAGGUGUGUGUGAAGGAUUACUGCUUCGCCCGGGAGGACCGCACCGUGGGCAUCGCCGUGCUGCAGCUGCGGGACAUCCUGCAGCGCCCCGGCUGCGCCUGCUGGCUGCCCCUGGGCCGCCGCAUCCACAUGGACGACACCGGGCUCACCGUGCUCCGCAUCCUCUCGCAGCGCAACAACGACGAGGUGGCCAAGGAGUUCGUCAAGCUCAAGUCGGACACGCGCUCAGCCGAGGAGGGCAGCAAUUAAAGUCCUUUGCCCCCCCCCCUCAGCCCUCGGUCCCUGCUCCCGGCCCCUGACAGAAUCCUCCAGCCGUGCAUAAGCCAUAGGAGUGGCCACAGAGGAGUCACUGCCGCGGCACUGGGGAGGGGGUGCCGUGGCUGCAGUGACAGACCCUCCCCUCCCUCCCCGGCCACGAUGGCCGGCUGACAGCGGUGCCGAGCACAGCCAGGCCCCCGUCACACCCCGCAGGAAGGUGCUGGUGUUGGGGGGGAGGGCUGCAGGGAUGGGCUGGAGCCGAGCCUGGCUGAGGGGAGCAAUCUGCCCUUCCCCAGCCUGUCUGAGAUGGAGGAACCCCAGUGGCUCAUCUCUGAGCCUCCGCUGUCCCACCCAGCCCCACACCUCACCGAGUGACACAAGGAAAGGGCUGCGGGGGGUGCGUGUGUCUCGUGCCAUGUGCGGGUGUUGGUGAGUGGCUGGCACAGCGUGACGGCCCCUUGUCCCCAUCCUUGAGCAUGGUGGUGUGUCCUGAGGGCAGGGCAGCUGCCAGCCCUGAGCACAUACGUGUACAUAUGUAAAUACCUGUACAUACAGGGCAGCUGGACAGGCUGUGUCCUGCACCCGGAAGGGCUAUUGGGGCUGUUGGGUUGGCGGGUGCAGCCCCCGCGGGCCCUGCACAGGGUCCCCUCCCUGGCUGGCAGCAGCAUCACCAGGGUCGGGAGCAGCAGGGAGCAGCCCCCGGCCCAUAUCCUGUCUUCCCUGCCUUGCUGCCACCGUGGGCUACCCCACUGCCCCCCACAAGGUGCCAGGGCUUGCGGAGGCAGGGGCUGGGGGCAUCCAAGCAGAGGGAGUCGUUCCUCUUUGCUCCGGCCAGUGGGGACCAGCAUCCCUGAGCAAUGCAGCCCGUGGGAUUUCCUUGGCGCAAGCAGAAUCCUUCCCACCCCACCCCAGAGAAGCCUUCCCUCCAGUCCCCCAGUAAGCACCAGUUCUGUGCCCCCCAGUUCCCCAGUGAGCACCAUUCCUGUGUGCUAAGUGGUGUGCAUGUCUCGUGCGAGUGCCUGGGAGGCCUGGGUGUGUGGUGUUGGGGUGGCCACCCCAGCUGGCCAGUUUGCCCCCAGUCCUGGGGCAGACAGAGGCCUCAUGACCCCACAAAUGAAUACAGCUCUCUCAGCCCCCUCCCAUCCCAAAACAGGGUACCCCAAACGGCCCCCAUGCUCCUUUGUCUAGAGGGUUUGCCUGGGACCAAAGGGUUUCACUUUGCUCUCUCGUUUCUGUUCAAUGUUUACACCCUUUUCUACCGGCUGCUCCUGCACGGCCGGGCUGGGGCUCGGCCCUGCAGCCCGACCGUGGUGCCCUGGCCCUGUGCCCCUCCCCAGACCGUCCUGUUUGGCAUGUGAUUGAACUGACCAAUUCUGCUCCUGUAGCACAGUGUCACCGAUGCCUGUGUGUCUGUCCCGCCCACCGUGGCGGCUCCCAUGGAUGCAUGACAGUGAGAUGUUUUGCACUAUUUUGAAUUUUUUGGGCUCUGUAAAAAUAUUUUAUUAUAACUGACAUUAAAAAGCACACCCUUCA